CAAGCUGCGGCACAUCAUCGACGAGAUGGUCACCACGGAGCGCGAGUACGUCAGGUCGCUCUGCUACAUCAUCGACAGCUACUUCCCCGAGAUGGAGCGCCUCGACCUGCCCCAGGACCUGCGUGGGAAGCGCAGCGUCAUUUUUGGGAACCUGGAGAAGCUCUACGACUUCCACAGCCAGUAUUUCCUGCGAGAGCUCGAGAGCUGCUGCAACCACCCGCUGCGGGUCAGCCACUGCUUCCUCCGACACAAGGACCAGUUUGGGAUGUACGCGCUUUACAGCAAGAACAAACCCAAGUCGGACUCGCUGCUGGCCAGCCAUGGGAACACCUUCUUCAAGUUCAAGCAAGUGCAGCUCGGGGAUAAGAUGGACCUGGCUUCCUACCUGCUGAAACCCAUCCAGCGUAUGAGCAAAUACGCCCUGCUCCUGAAGGACCUGAUCAAGGAGUGCAGCGAGGCACAGGAGCAGGAGCUGGGCUACCUCCGGGCGGCCGAGGAGAUGGUGAAGUUUCAGCUCCGGCACGGCAAUGACCUGCUGGCUAUGGAUGCCAUCCGCGACUGCGACGUGAACUUGAAGGAGCAGGGGCAGCUGGUGCGGCAGGACGAGUUCACCAUCUGGCUGGGCCGUAGGAAGUGCCAGCGCCACGUCUUCCUCUUCGAGGACCUGAUCCUGUUCAGCAAGCCCAAGAGAAUUGAGGGUGGCUUUGAUGUGUACGUCUACAAGCGCUCCUUCAAGACUGCAGACAUCGGUCUGACGGAGAACUCUGGGGACAGCGGCCUGCGCUUCGAGAUCUGGUUCCGGCGGCGGAAGUCCAGUGACACCUACAUCCUGCAGGCCAGCUCCGCCGAGACCAAGCAGGCCUGGACCGGUGACAUUGCCAAGAUCCUCUGGCAGCAGGCGGCCCGCAAUAAAGAAAUCCGUAUGCAGGAGAUGGUCUCCAUGGGUGUGGGCAACAAGCCCUUCCUGGAUAUCAAACCCAGCGAGGCAGCUAUCAACGACCGCGCGAUCGAUUACAUCAUGAAAGGCAGAGGUGCCAGGACCAGAGCAUCCAUCGCCGUGUCUCUCUUUGACCAUUCCAACCCCUUCAAGCGGACGCAGGCGCAGCUGUCGGCCGGCGGUACCCCGGCUACGUACAGCCCUUCCUCCUCCUCCUCCUCCUCCUCCUCCCUGCUCGGGCCGCUCAACCUCCACAUGUACCUGGACCAGGCUCUGCUGCCCAGUGUCCUGGGCUCCAGCCGCCCCUUCGACGUUGGGACCUGCAUCGAGGAAGACGAGCUGGAGCACGAGACGAGCAGCCAGCCCUCGAUGACCACAGAGAGCUCGGAGUCAUCGCACUGCAUGUCGGGCAGCGGCUCCAGUGGCUCUGACAGCGGCUGCGUCUCCAGCAUCCCCCAAGAAAGCUUCUGUGAAGAUGUGGGCUCCCCACCCUACGUGCCACUGGGUUCCCAGCACCGCUCUGCCCUGGAGGAGAAGCCCAGGUUCCCCAGCAGCCAGUACAUUUCUGCA